CAUUCAAUCACUUGCCCCCUCCCCCUUUCUUCCUAAAUCAAAGAAAAUUUUGAAGAUAACACAAAUUGCCAUCUCACUCACAUCCCCUUAUCCAUUUUUCAUCUUCCACACCACUUAUACAAAUUCCCUCACACCCCCAAAUCCUCCAUUUUCAUAACCUUCAAUCCCCACAACAUUAACAACAACAACAACAUCAACAACAAAACAUCAUGUGACAAAAUCAAAAAACAUGCAAGAAACUCUCCACCUUUCUUGUCCUUCUCCUUUUUCACUUCCCAAAUCCUCAAUUUCUCCAAAAUCCUUCAAACCCUCCACUCUUUCUUUCCCUCAACACCCAAUAGGACCAAAACCACCCACCCACAUUACCCCCCUCCCUACGCCACCCCCACCCCCACCCCCACCCCCACCCACCCCUAUUCAAGAAAAGCUCCUCUUCUUGGAUUCUCUUGGUAUAGACUCAUUACAUUGCCUUACUUCACAACCGCUUAUUGUAUCUUCCUCAUUAUCCGACAUCAAAGCUAUAAUCGACUUCCUUAAUUCGAUUCAUCUCACGGUUCUUGAUAUUCGAAGAGUUCUCCACAUGUGUCCGGAGAUUUUAACCAUCCCUCUCUCCACCACCUUACGACCAGCUGUCACUUUCUUGCUCCGGGAAGUCAAUGUGACAGGAGAAAAACUCCCGGGAGUUCUAAGACGACGACCCCAUUUGCUGACAAAGUGUGUAGAGAAGAAUCUAAGACCAACCCUUUACUUCUUGCAAGGUAGUAUUGGCAUUGAAGACGUUUCAAAGUGUGCUAGUUUGCUUUCUUGCGACGUGGAGGGUAAGUUUAUACCGCGUUUGGAUUACUUUCAGAGAAUUGGGUUUGCGAGAAGAGAUGCUAAAGUGAUGUUUAGGAGGUUUCCUUCAUUGUUUUGUUAUAGUAUUGAGGAGAAUUUGGAGCCGAAAUUCGAUUACUUUGUGGUGGAAAUGGGGAGGGAGUUGAAGGAGUUGAUUGAGUUUCCGCAGUAUUUCUCGUUUAGUUUAGAGAAUAGGAUAAAGCCAAGGCACAAAAUGUGUGUUGAGAAAGGUGUGUGCUUGUCAUUGCCCGUGAUGUUGAAGUCCUGUGAAUCGCGAUUUCGUGAUAGGUUGGAUGUUUGUUGUAGCUCUUCUAUGCCGGUGAGACAAUCUCCGUUUUGGUAUAGAAAAUUUGAUCAUAAUGUAACGUAGAUUGAGCUCAAAAAUAUUGCCCAUUUUGUUUAUAAAUAUAUAUUGUUGAUGAUCAUUUUAUUG